UAAAAUCUGUAGCUGCUAAUCUUCUUCUACCUCUUGAUAUAAUUCAGCACAAAUAAUUCUUGGUUAGAAAGAAGCAUUAUUUUAUAUUGCAGACGAAUCCAAGAUGCAAAUUUUUGUCAAGACCUUAACAGGUAAGACUAUUACCUUGGAAGUUGAAUCUUCUGAUACAAUUGAUAAUGUUAAAUCCAAAAUUCAAGACAAAGAAGGAAUUCCACCAGAUCAACAAAGAUUGAUCUUUGCUGGAAAACAAUUAGAAGAUGGCAGAACUCUUUCAGAUUACAAUAUCCAAAAAGAAUCCACUUUACAUUUAGUCUUAAGAUUAAGAGGUGGUGGUAAGAAAAGAAAGAAGAAAGUUUACACCACUCCUAAAAAGAUUAAACAUAAACACAAGAAAGUAAAAUUAGCUGUUUUAACCUAUUAUAAGGUUGAUCAAGAUGGUAAUGUUGAAAGAUUAAGAAGAGAAUGCCCAUCUCAAACUUGUGGUGCUGGUGUAUUUAUGGCUAACAUGAAGGAUAGACAGUACUGUGGAAAAUGUCACAUUACUUUCAAAUUAAAAAAAUAAAAUAGUUGUUGAACUAAACAUUUAAAUUAUUUACAUGUUAUAUAUUUUGACUGUUUGUAAUUUAUAUAAUUUUCUUUAACAUAGGAUUUGUUUCUUGCAACUUAUAAUUUCAAAAAUGUAAAAUAUAGAAAAAGUGAUAUCUACUGGUAAAUAUCAGUUUCAAUCUUACAGAGUUUUCAAUUAAGUUAGAGCUAUGACAAAUAAUAGUAGAUAUGUAGCAAACCACAUUGUAUAUUAUAAGAUUUAU